AUGGGGCAGCAGCCUGGAAAAGUUCUUGGGGACCAAAGGAGGCCAAGUCUGCCUGCCCUGCACUUUAUCAAAGGAGCAGGGAAGAAGGAGUCAUCGAGGCAUGGGGGCCCACACUGUAACGUCUUCGUUGAACAUGAAGCCCUUCAGAGGCCGGUAGUGUCGGACUUUGAGCCCCAGGGUCUGAGCGAAGCAGCUCGCUGGAACUCCAAGGAAAACCUUCUGUCCUGUCCUAGUGAAAAUGACCCCCAUCUCUUUGUUGCACUGUAUGAUUUUGUGGCGAGUGGGGACAACACUCUCAGCAUAACUAAAGGUGAAAAGCUUCGUGUCCUGGGCUACAAUCAUAAUGGAGAAUGGUGCGAGGCCCAAACGAAGAAUGGACAAGGCUGGGUACCCAGCAACUACAUCACCCCAGUGAAUAGUUUGGAGAAGCAUUCCUGGUAUCAUGGACCAGUGUCACGUAACGCUGCUGAGUACCUGCUGAGUAGUGGUAUCAACGGCAGCUUUCUUGUGCGAGAGAGCGAGAGCAGUCCAGGACAGAGAUCUAUUUCACUGCGAUAUGAAGGAAGGGUGUACCACUACAGAAUAAACACUGCGUCUGAUGGAAAGCUGUAUGUCUCUUCAGAGAGCCGCUUCAACACCUUAGCAGAGUUGGUCCAUCAUCAUUCAACUGUCGCAGAUGGGCUCAUCACCACUUUGCACUACCCAGCGCCCAAACGCAAUAAGCCCACUAUCUAUGGUGUGUCUCCAAACUACGACAAAUGGGAGAUAGAGCGAACUGACAUCACGAUGAAGCACAAGCUCGGUGGAGGGCAGUAUGGAGAGGUGUAUGAAGGAGUCUGGAAAAAGUACAACCUUACAGUGGCUGUGAAGACUCUAAAGGAGGAUACCAUGGAGGUGGAAGAGUUCUUGAAAGAAGCCGCAGUAAUGAAGGAGAUCAAGCAUCCAAACUUGGUGCAAUUAUUAGGGGUGUGCACACGAGAACCUCCUUUCUACAUCAUUACGGAGUUCAUGACAUACGGGAAUCUGUUGGAUUAUCUGCGUGAGUGUAACCGGCAGGAGGUGAAUGCUGUGGUGCUACUGUACAUGGCAACUCAGAUCUCCUCAGCCAUGGAGUACCUGGAGAAGAAAAACUUCAUUCACAGGGACCUUGCUGCCAGAAACUGCCUUGUAGGGGAGAACCACUUGGUGAAGGUGGCAGACUUUGGCCUGAGCAGGCUAAUGACAGGCGACACAUACACUGCCCACGCCGGAGCAAAAUUCCCCAUCAAGUGGACUGCACCAGAAAGCCUGGCCUACAACAAGUUCUCCAUUAAGUCUGACGUCUGGGCCUUUGGCGUUCUGCUGUGGGAAAUUGCAACCUACGGCAUGUCCCCUUACCCUGGGAUUGAUCUGUCUCAAGUCUAUGAGCUGUUGGAGAAAGACUACCGUAUGGAGCGCCCUGAAGGCUGUCCUGAGAAAGUUUAUGAGCUCAUGAGAGCAUGCUGGCAGUGGAGCCCUUCUGAUAGACCCUCCUUUGCUGAGAUCCAUCAGGCCUUUGAAACGAUGUUUCAGGAAUCCAGCAUAUCGGAUGAGGUGGAGAAGGAGUUGGGAAAGAAGGGCAUGAGAGGCGUAGUAAGCAAUUUCCUCCAGGCCCCAGAGUUACCAACCAAAACACGAACAUCAAGGAGAACUGCUGAAAGCAAAGAUGCCAAUGAGAGCUUGGAGACUACACAUGCUCGAGGCCAGGGAGAAUGUGACCCUCUGGAUCAUGAACCUGCUAUUUCUCCCUUGCUUCCACGGAAGGAGAGGGUGGCCCUGGAGAGCAGUUUGAAUGAAGAUGAGAGGCUGCUUCCAAAAGACAAAAAGCAUAACCUCUUCAGUGCCCUUAUCAAGAAGAAGAAGAAGACCGCCCCUACGCCUCCAAAACGGAGCAGUUCCUUCAGAGAGAUGGAUGGCCACUCGGACCGCAGGGCGGGUGGGGAGGAGGAGUGCAGGGAUGCUGGCAAUGGAGCUUUCAUUGCACCCCCCGCAGACGUGGCUGACCCCUCCAAGUUUCAGAGCCCAAGCAACGGGGCUGGUGUCACCAACGGGGUUGUCGCUGGGAACUCUGGAUUCUUAUCUCCCCACUUACGGAAGAAGUCCAGCACGAUGAGCAGCAGUCGAGGGGUGGCUGGUGAAGAGGAGAGUAGUUCCAACUCCAGCAAACGUUUUUUAAGGUCCUGCUCAGCCUCCUGUGUGCCCCACGGGGCAAAGGACACAGAGUGGAAAUCUGUGACUCUGCCUCGGGAUUUGCAGUCCACGGGACGCCAGUUUGAUUCCUCCACUUUUGGGGGACACAAAAGUGAAAAGCCAGCACUGCCUCGGAAGCGGGCAAACGAGGCCAAGACUGACAUUGCUGUCAGGGGAACAGUGACCCCUCCUCCACGGCUGCUUAAGAAAAAUGAAGAGACCACUGAUGAUGUGUUCAAAGAUGCAGAGUCGAGCCCUGGCUCCAGCCCUCCCACUCUGACGCCAAAACUUGGCCGUAGACAACCUGCUGCCCCUCCUUCCUCCAGCAUGCUCCACAAGGACGAUGGGGUCAAAUCCAGUGCCUUAGGUACCACUGUGACGAUGGACCAAGGUUCUGCUGCGAAACCCAACCCCGCUGGGUUCGUGGGUGCCAGCAAGGCUUCCUCUGAGGAGCCGCGACUGAGGAGGCUCAAGCAGACCUCAGAGUCAGCAGGGAAGGACAAAGGGAAGUUAUCGAAGCUGAAACCGGCCCCUCCGCUUCCACUGUCUUCGUCCUCCAUUGGCAAGCCUGGGAAAGUAUCUCACAGUCCCAGCCAUGAAGCAGCAGCAGCAGAUGUGGUGUCUGGGCCAAAAUCCAAACAGUUGACUCAGGUUGGAGAUGCUGCGAGCAGCGAUGCUGUCAAGCCAAACCAGUCAGGGGAAGGUGUGAAAAAGCUGGGGAUCCCCUCUGUACCAAAGCCACAGUCCUCUACAAAGCUGCUGAUGAGCACAGCAACCCCAGCUGCCUCUUCCUCAUCUGUACCCUCUGCCCCAGGUGGGGACCAGCCAUCAUCUACAGCCUUCAUCCCUCUCAUAUCCACCAGGGUCUCGCUGCGGAAGACCCGGCAGCCCCCGGAGAGGAUUGCCAGUGGCACCAUCACGAAAGGAGUGGUGUUGGAAAGCACCGAGGCUCUACGGAUCGCCAUCAGCAAGAACUCUGAGCAAAUGGCAAGCCACAGCGCUGUCUUGGAGGCUGGCAAGAACCUCUACACCUUCUGCGUGAGCUAUGUGGACUCCAUUCAGCAGAUGAGGAACAAAUUUGCCUUUCGGGAAGCCAUCAACAAGCUGGAGAAUAACCUACGGGAGCUUCAGAUCUGCCCAGCAACAGCUGGCAGUGGUCCUGCAGCCACCCAAGACUUUAGCAAACUUCUGAGUUCGGUGAAAGAAAUCAGCGACAUUGUUCAGAGGUAG